AACGGCAACGUUUUUUCAUUACGUUCCGACAAAUCAAAGUGAUCAUACCGGGUGCGCGAUUAGACUAUUGCCAAGUUUAGGUAAUCGUAAAAUUGCAGCUAAAGUGACGGAAUGGAAAUUAUUCGAAAAGUUAAUCUGCAAUUGUUAGCUUUUGUGGUGAUAAUAUUAGCAAAAAGUAUUUGCAAUGCCAUUGUUUGCUACAAAUGUGAUUCAAUUUCCCUGGAAGCCUGUGCCACCACCUUGAAUGACACGGAACUACCCUUGGAGGACUGCGGUUCAACCUCGCUUUGGUGUGCUACUGCCAUAAUUGACGACAUCACCUACCGCGGUUGUUCGGCUUCAACGCCCAGCAUUGAUGCACUGUAUCGGAAAACAUGCGACAUCAAUCUUUGCAACAAGGGUGUUUAUCCACCCGGCCGUAUGAAGUGCCACCAAUGCAGCGGCGAAGGCUGCCAACUGAAACCGAUGGGAAAACCACAUCCAUGCCGCAACUUUCACGAAGAAGAUGCCUGUUUUCUGGACAUACGUUCCGCAACUGAAGUCUAUCGAGGGUGCAAAUCGGAUCGGAAUCACACCAUCUCAGAUAGGGCUAUAUUCUGUGACUACAAUGGCUGUAACGAUAAUUCGUCAACGGAUAGUUUGCGCUGUGCCUAUUGUGAUUCGCAACAAAGCCAGGGAUGUAAAAUGGAUCUGACGUCCAAGUCCAAUAUUACCCAAUUUGAGGAGUGCCAAAUGACAACAACAUUGCAGAGCAGCAACACCUGCUUCAUUUACAAAAAUUUGGAUCAUGUAGUGCGUGGCUGUUCCGAUCGUCAUAUGACCGAUGAAAUGCGUCAAAAUAAAGAUCGUUUAACGGAAUGCACAGGACCUGAUCUCUGCAAUUCUGGCAAUUUGCCAUUCCAGCAAUGCCUAGUCUGUAAUUCAGAGACGGGCAGUGAUGACUGUCGUUAUGUCCCAAGCUUGAUUAGAUCCACUUAUUGUGGCUCGCCAGAAGCCUCGUCGUGUUUCGCCGUGGAAUACCAAAAUUGGCAUGUGGAACGUGGCUGUGCCCGUCCCCCGCAGCGAACUGAUAUAAAUCGUCAAUACGAAUGCGACAUGGGCACCGAAUGUAAUGCCACACCGUUUAUACGCUGCUAUCAAUGUUCCACGGAACACUACCCCGACUGUGCAGCAUGGCAACAACCCGGAUUUCUGGAAAUCGAAGAGUGUCAGCAAGCUGGAGCCAAUUGUGUCAUAGCAACAUUUGCCGAUGGCAUUACCAAGCGUGGAUGUGAAACCGGUCAGUUAAACUGCACGCUCAACAAUGUGCUUGAGUGUCAAAGUUGCCAGGGUAACUUUUGUAAUCGUGGAUCAUUCCCUCCCGAACGUCUUCACUGCUAUCAGUGUGGUACGGAUGCCAACAAUUGCAAGGAGGCAUUAGCUGACCAACCCACACCUUGUGCCAGAAAUGAAUUCCAACCGACGAGUGGUGCCAAAGAAGGUUGCUAUGAAUAUUUCAGUUUGACUCAGGAACACUCGGUACGUGGUUGUGCCUCAAAUACCUAUGAAUAUUACAAAUGUAUGUUGGAAUCCGGUUCCAAGUGUAAGCUGUGUAAAGGGAAUGGUUGCAACGGUGGCGCUAUGGAAGACACUAAGGUAUCGGGAGUAGUUUCGAAAAUAAAUAAAACAAAAUAAAUGUAAACGUUUAGAGAUUUUAAAUAAAGUUUAAAAAAUA